AUGACAACCCAACCCCCCAAAACAACCUUAGCAAACGCCACCUACGGCCUAGUCAGCGCCCUAAAACCAUGCACAAUACCUUCCUCCACCAACCCAAACCACAUAAUAUGGAACAACGAAGCUUACGCCUUCCUCCAAAAACCCUGCCCCCAAACCGCAAACCCCAACCUCUGGCACCAAAGCCAGCUAACAACAAUCCACGGCCUCUUCGAAGUAACAGCAGGGGUCUACCAAGUCCGCGGUCUAGAUCUAUCAAACAUGACAAUAAUAGAAGGCGAUACGGGAAUUCUCGUCCUGGACCCAUUAACCUCAACGGAAACUGCCUCGGAAGCCCUAUCCCUCUACCGCAGUGUCCGCGGCGAGAGACACAUCUCCGCUCUUCUCUAUUCACAUUCCCAUAUCGACCAUUUCGGCGGUGCGCAGGGGAUCCUGCCGCCGGGUACGAAACAUGAUAUUCCCAUUAUCGCCCCGGAGGGAUUCAUGGCUGCGGCUAUGGAUGAGAAUAUCUUUGUGGGUAAUGCUAUGGCUAAGAGGACGAUGUUCAUGUAUGGGAGUUCUCUACCGAGAGAUCCGGCUGGUCAGAUCGGGUGUGGGAUUGGGAGUUCCGUGGCGACGGGGUCUACGUCGUUGAUUCCGCCGAAUAUCAGUAUCAAGCAUUCGGGCGAGGAGCGGGUUGUUGAUGGUGUGCGAAUUGUGUUUCAGCUUGUUCCGGGUACGGAGGCGCCGGCUGAAAUGAACUGUUAUUUUUCUGUUCAGCGGGCGCUUUAUAUUUCCGAGUGUGUUGUGCAUGGUUUGCAUAAUGUUGCCUCGUUGCGUGGGGGCCAGGCUGUUGAUGCGAAAGGCUGGUCGCGGUUUUUGGAUGAGGCGCUUGUUUGGUUUGGGGACGACGCUGAGGUUCUUUGUAUGGGUCAUACGUGGCCGGUUUGGGGACAAGAGGAAAUUGCGGAGGUUGUAUCCGGGCAGAGGGAUUUAUAUGCUUAUCUGCAUGAUCAGACGGUGAGGUUGAUGAAUCGGGGCUUGAAUGGGGUUGAGAUUGCUGAGGUUUUGGGCUUGCCGGCUGGGUUGCAGAGCGCGUGGCAUGCGCAGGGGUUUUAUGGCUCUGUUAGCCAUAAUGUUAAGGGGAUCUAUCAGCGGUAUAUGGGGUGGUUUGAUGGUGAUGCUGCGCAUCUGUGGGAACAUCCGCCUGCUGAGAAUGCGAAGAGAUAUGUGUUUACUAUGGGGGGUAUUGACGAGGUGAUUCGCAAGGCUGAACAUUUUGUUCAGGAAGGUGAUCUUCGCUUUGCUGCUACUUUACUUCGUCAUGCAGUCUCUGCCGAUCCUAUGUAUGCUGCGUCCAAAGAAGCACUAGCGGAUGUGUACACGAGACUCGGAUUUGGGGCUGAGAAUGCCACCUGGCGCAAUUAUUAUCUAUCUGCAGCACAGGAUCUGGGAAAAACACCCAACUCGCAGACCAAGGCUUUAGGUACUGGGAUGAAGAUGGGACAGUCUGUGGAGCAGUGGCUUGAUCUAAUGGCGAUUCGAUUGAAUGGGCCUAAAGCUGGAGCUGAGCGCUUCGCUAUUGAUGUCCAUGUUACCGAUGAGCAGAGAUGGUGGCGGGUCACUGUCAGCAACGGCGCGCUGACAUACAGGAGUGCGCUUGCACAAGAUGGGUUUAGUGGCGUUUCAGGCCUGACGCUUGUUCUGCAGAAGAGGGAAUUAUUUGGCGUCCUGGGUGGCGCUGGGCUGCACGAGGCACAGUCGGGCGAAUUGGGAUUAUUAGAGAAAUUGUUGUCGUUGGUAGAGAGUUAG